AUGCGAUUAUUUAGGUGUCGCAAGAAACCAGUGCUUCAAACUGAUCUGACAUAUGAACAAUACAUAACACCUUGGUAUGACUGGCAAACAAGAUUUAUUGCAUUGUGCUUUAAUUCUGAUGUAAUUUGUUGCCCAAAAACACUCAGUUUUGUAAUUUCACCAUUAGCACUAUCAACGUUGCUUUAUAUGCUGUAUUUAGGUGCAAAUGAAAGGACGCGAAAAAUAAUAUUAGAUUUAUUGCACUUAAAAGAAAAAGAUGUGGACAAUAUAUCACGAGGAUACAAAUUAUUAGCGCCGUUCUAUAAAAAAGCGAAAACUAUUUAUUCUUCAAAUUUAUUUUUGGUCUCUGAUGUAUACAUUCACCCACAAUAUUUAAUAAAUAACACUUAUGAGCAAACUUUGCAAGAUAUAUUUGGAAAUACGAUAAAAGAACUAGAAAGUGAUUCAUUCGUGGAAAAAAUCCAUCAACUAAGUGGGUCACGUAUAACUUACGUGGAAACAUCACCAACCAUGCAAACAAGCAUGGCUGGAGUCGCGAUUACUGUUUUGGAAGCUAAUUGGGAUGCUGAAAAAGUUUACGAAUAUAAUAUUGAGCCGUUUGAAACGCAUUACGGUAUGCAAACAAAACAGUUAUAUAUCGCUAUAAAAGGUCGCUUAAGAUUUUAUCGAGACAUGGAACAAGAAUCCUGUUGUAUACCCUUAAAAACACAAAAGAAUAGUAACAAACAAAGUUUGCGACUAAAUUUACUGCUUAUUCGACCCCGACGAAAAGGCGAAGUUUAUCAAUUCGAAAAAUUAUUGACAGAAAACAAAUUACAGCAAAUUUUGACCGGUAUUAAGAACUCUCAGGUUACGACAAGCGUUAUAUUAGUCCCGCAGAUGGCACUACCUGAUAAUGGCAAUGAGGCAACACUGGUUGAUAUGAUGAAUUGCUGGCAGAAAUUAAAAGAAGAAAAUAUCUUCAAAAGAAUUAAUGAGAAGCUGAAUAUUAGCUAUUGUUAUCAUUUCGCUUCAAUUACACUAUCGAAGGAAGGCGUUGGAUUUAUGUUGAAAAAGUGCUCAAAAAACAUAACAGAGGCUCCCACGAAUCCAUAUGUCUGUCAUUUACAAUCUACUAAUCAACCAUUUGCAAUUAGAUACGAUACACCAUUUCUGUUUUUGCUUUACGAAUCGACUUAUAAUAUAUCAUUUAUUGUGGGAUGCUACGCUGGAAAACCUGCGAUCGCGCGAAAGCAGGACGCAUCUGUAACAAUAAGCGCGGGACAAAAUACUUAUGUAUGUAGUAUUGGUCUCGCGCUCGGUUCUGUUGUGUUGGCUGCACUGUUUCACUGUCGUUAA